AUGACCCGACUGCGGGCGGCUCGCACCGCCUGGUAUGCCAGCCAGGAGCUUGACGCAUACCUCCAUCAGCGUGCGUGGCACUGGACGGUGAAGCGUAACUACGCCCUCGCGGCGGACUUCUGUAUUCGACUGCUGAACCGGCACCCACAAGACACGUUGGGACUCGUCCUCGGCGAGGUGGCGGGGCGCUACACUAGUCAAGACACCUUUGCAGCCAAAUGUACGCAGGCAUUACAGAAGAGCUGUCAACGCAAGGGCGUCGCUGACGUGACAGAACUUGUGCGGUGCACCCUGGCGACGACGACGGUAGCCAGCCCGUCCUCUUCCUCGGCAAUGGCGACGUCGAACUUCACGCAGCUUCCUUCCGCGGAGGAUGUGCUGGCCCUGCAGGCUGAGGUGGCUCAGAGGGAGGCAGACACCCACGAUCCAGGUGCGGAUACCAGCGGUCUCAGGGGCGAGCUCCUGCACAUUCACAACAGUGAGCCGGCGGACUCCGUCAACCAGGCGGUGCGGCGCUGUUGUCUGCGGAGUGCGACACCACCGCUGGCGGAGCUGUUGGAGCCGUUCCAGACGACGUACGGGCGGGGUCUGUACGCGACGCGGCACAUCCCGCCGCGGAGCAGCAUCCUGAGCGAGGCGCCGCUGCUCGUGCAGCGCAGCGAUGACACGAAGUGUGCGCAUUGCCUUGCGUCACUCCUCCCCCGCAGUCACAGCAGCAUCACCAGUACCAGCGGUGUCAGCGACCCUCACGCGUUUGGCGUGGCAUGCCCACACUGCGAGCAGGAGACGUACUGCUCCGCAGACUGUAGAGAUGCGGCGUGGGCGCAGUAUCAUGCUUGCAGCUGCGCCUCCCGCAACCCUGAGCUAGCGCAAUGGUGUGAAGGUAUGCGCGAGCUGCUGCACCGCAGCGGCACAGCCGCUGCCUUACCUGAGCCUGAUAAAGCAGGCAUCGCCAUCUCCGGCUCCGAGGCGCGCGCCGCACUGUCGUGCCUGACGGUGGCGAAGAUAUGCUCCAUGGCAACCGUACAUCAGGUGCACCCGCUGAGUCUGCCAGGACUUUCAUGUCUGCGUGGCACCGCCGACUACGAGCCGGCAACAGCCCUCAGCGAGGUUGGUGCUCUUGCAGUCGCCCUGAGCGCGGCACUUCGCCAGCCGAACCUGUACAUGGAGGAGGUGCUGUCGCUCUUCGCACUUAUACACACGAACGAGUUCUUCACAACGUCCGGCAUCGCCCUCUACUCGGUUCUGAGCAUGUUGAACCACAGCUGCGACCCAAAUUGCGCCUUGGUAAGCUCGGGCACCUCUCCUGCAGCUGGCAGACAUGGACCAAUGAAGCACGGGAGCGCCAUGGAGAAGACUCUCGUCGCACUGCGGCCGAUCCGAAGCGGUGAGCAGCUGUUGAUCGACUACAACGCCGCCCUCACGACGAAGCUUGGCUACAAGGAACGCAAAGCACUCUGUGCGCAGCGGCACUUUGAGUGUUACUGCUCCCGCUGCAUCCGCCACGAGUGA